CGUGAUCUGCGCCUGUAGCCAGACCAUGGUGUACUCGCCACGGUUCUGUGACAGGCAAGCACCAGAAAAAAAACCGUUGGACGUUCGCGGCUGCGCACUGACAGCUGCUGCCAGCGACUGCAGGGCAAGGAGGAAGGAUGGGGUCCCGAUUAAAGGAGAACCCGGAGUCCACCUUUGAGGUGUAUCUGGAGGUAGCCCAUCCAAGUUCCCACAGCUCUGCACCUGAAGUGAAAAGGCAGUUCCCCGAGGACUACACAGACCAGGAAACUCUUCAGACUGUGCCAAAGUUCUGUUUCCCCUUCAGCAUGGACAGCCCGUCAAUCAACCAGGUCGGACAAAACUUCACAUUUGUGUUGACUGACAUCAAGAGCAAACAGAGAUUUGGCUUCUGCCGACUGUCCUCAGGUGCACAUACCUGCUACUGCAUUCUCAGCUACCUGCCCUGGUUCGAGGUCUUCUACAAGCUCCUUAAUAUCCUCGCAGAUUACACAAUCAAAGGCCAGGAAAGCCAAAGGCAAGAGCUCCUGGUGUCACUGCACGUGCUCCCUAUCCCUGAGCCCAGGGUCCCUGUUCAUCUUGGCGUGCAUUCCUUCUUCACUGUGCCUGACACCAGGGAACUUCCCAGUAUACCGGAGAAUAGAAACCUAACUGAGUAUUUUGUCGCAGUAGAUGUCAAUAACAUGCUUCAUCUGUACGCUAGUAUGCUUCAUGAACGUCGAAUCCUCAUCUGCUGCAGCAAACUAAGCACUUUAACGGCAUGUGUCCAUGGAUCUGCAGCCAUGCUCCAUCCAAUGCACUGGCAACAUGUUUACAUUCCUGUCCUUCCUCAACAUCUGUUAGACUACUGCUGUGCCCCAAUGCCCUACCUCAUUGGAGUACAUUCCAGCCUGAUGGAGAAAGUUCGAGGGAUGGCUCUGGAUGACGUGGUGGUCCUGAAUGUUGACACAAACACCAUGGAGACCCCCUAUGAUGACCUUCAAAGCCUGCCCAACGAUGUGGUUUCAUCAUUAAAAAGUCGUUUGAAGAAGGUUUCGACAACAACGGGGGACGGCGUGGCUCAAGCCUUCCUCAAGAGUCAGGCGGCGCUGUUCGGCAGCUACAGGGAUGCACUGCAGAUAGAGUCGGGAGAGCCAAUAACAUUUAACCAGGACACCUUUGUAAAUCAUCGGUCCAGUGCCAUGAGACAGUUCCUGCAGAGUGCCAUUCACCUGCAGCUCUUCAAACAGUUUAUCGACGGCCGUCUAGAUCUGUUGAACUCAGGAGAAGGUUUCAGUGACAUCUUUGAGGAGGAGAUCAGCAUGGGUGAAUAUGCAGCCAGUGACAAGACCUACCACCAGUGGCUGUUCACUGUGAAGAAAGGGGGUGGGGCCAUUUUCAACACAGUGAAGACCAAAGCAAACCCAGCCAUGAAGACUGCUUAUAAGAUCGCUAAGGACCACGCAAAAAUGCGUAUUAAAGAAGUAAAGAGUCGUCUGAAGCAGAAGGAGCAGGCAGAAAAUGGCGUCUCUACAGGAGGGUCCACAGUCAUCAGUGACGACAGCACAGAAAGUGUCACCUCGUCCACCAGUGACGUCAGGAGAGAGGGGCCACUGCGAACCUGGGAUGACCACAGGCCCAUCACUGUACACUUUGGACAAGCUUGGCCACCUAUGUUACUGAAGAGACCAAACAGCAAUGUGAGUCUGGACUCCAGCAUUGACCACUCUCUUCGUCCCACUCGUCACUACACAGUCUUUCUCUCGGAGGAUUCCUCCGGAGAUGAGCUCCAGUACGACAAUGACUCCGUCUCUGGGCUUCCUGACAACUUUCUCUUCUCCGUCCCCUUUGAGUGGACGCCUCUGCCGCAGCCGUACCACUCCCUGAAGGAGAUGGAUCUGAUAGAAACGGAUGAUCGCGGUUCUUGUGCAGAGAGUCACACUGCCCCUCCCAGCCCUGUUAGUGAGAAGGUCUCUAAUAUCAACUUGCUGGGCGAUGUCUUUGGCUGCCAGGAUGAGCCAGACAACCAAUCACUCACACUGGCAAAAAGUCUCGAGGACUUACGGACUCCAAAAGACCCUGGUGAUCUCCAAGCCAAGUUCACGUACCAGCGCAUGGACCUGAGUGUUGGCAUACACUCACGCACGUUUCCAGGCCUCAAGCUUUCCAACCCUCACAACACGCUGUGGAGCGUGGCUCCGGACGAAGCAGCCCUGCCUGUCUGUGCGCCUCCUGUCUGUGACACUCUGCCGUCUGUGCACCUUCCUGCGAGGACAGGAAGCCACUCCCCGAGUCACGAGAGCUCCGCCUCGGGGCCCGACCCCCUGGAGCCUUGCAAUCCUGGCAACAUAACCAUCCCACGUCCCCACGGGAGGAAGACGCCGGAGCUCGGUGCUGUCCUCGUACCCCCCAUGGCUCAGUUGCGCUCAAAGGUGGGAGGAGCUGUUGAAGGAAGGACUACAUCAGGAGGACAGGAGUUCAGGCAAGCCCUGACCAUGACUACAGAUGGGGACCUGCUGAGGCCCAAAGUAGGUGGGGACAGUAUAGAUCUGAUCCGCCUUCUGGACCCCCUUGACCGCUCGGCACAGACUAGUUCCGCUUCACUAAAUGACGGGGUAGAUGUCGCUAUGUCGUCCUCCUCCCAGUUUCAGUCUUACCCACAGGUUUUGCCUCCAUUCCCGAUUCAUCCUCAUACUUCACUCAACCCUUUUGUCCAGUCUCUGCAGCACACUUCCCCUCAAACACAUUACUCUCCCGCAGUGGGCGGCGGGAACCCCUUCAGUGCAGUGUGCGGACCUCCGCCGGGCUCGUACUUGCAUACCCCCCCCCAGCCUCAGGCCUUCUCUGCACUACCAGGGAUGUACAGACAGCACUCACCUGGCAGUUCGUCUCUGCCGCUCAGCCACGGACUGCUCCACUCGACCUUCCCCUCCUUUGACGCCGCCCUUCCCCACUCCUCCGCCAGUAACCAUGCCCUCUCUAGCCUCGUGGACUCCUUGUCUGUCUCUAGCACAGCCAUGAACACACUGCCAAAGCCACUCAGUGCAGAGGGAGACAGCCAGAAGACUCAGGAUCUUUUUGGGGACCUGGUGACUAUGGCCAAGCCAGCGACCCCCCAAAAGAAGAAGGUGGAAGACCUGCGGAGGAGGUGGGAAACAUUUGACUAAAUGACUUCAAAAGUGAUUAAGUCACUACAUUAACUUGCCCUCACUAUUGCAUAAGGACCUUGUUUUGCUGUAAGCGACACACGAGCGAUGACGCUCUCUUGUUCUGCUAAUCCAAGUCACAGUCAUUCAAGAGGGGAUUGACAUUUACAGACACGCUGAGUACAGCAGUUUACUCUGUUCCAAAAAAAUAAAUGCAGAAAAAAAAGAGUAGCUGACAACACACUGUACACGGGUUGAGGCAGUUUGUCCAAAAAAAACACACACUUGCACCUGCUUUUUUCUGCAGUGGAUAGAAUAGAUACAAGUGUUUGUUCAGCUCCACCUUUGAUCGACAGCAGCGUCACAUGACUGACACCCGGGUGAACGCGCUCACUUUGCCACCGACUAUUGCACCGUUUCCAAUAUAAUGCACACGAUUCAAGCAGCUGUGUGACGUCAGGACUGUCUUUCAGGCGGUGAAACCAAAACUAAAAACAAGAAAACCAAGCAACAUAUUCACCUGGAUCAGACGUUCAGCUUCAGUCAGAGUUUCACUAAGACGCGUGUUUGCUCUAAUCGUUUCUCUUCGUCGCUGCUUGAUGGAACAGUGGUCUGUGGUUAGUGUGAACCUGUUGCAGCUUAGGUCGUAAACUCCAGCUGCUGCCAUUCAUCUCGACGCGUCGUCUACACACAGAGCUGUGGGUAAAUACAGGCGUCGCCAGAUCAGUGCUGUGCUAAAAUCUACAAACGUCUUUAUCACUAGAAACACAGCUGGUAAAUGUCAACACUAUAUAUUUCAGUUCCACUUUGAAUUGUGACCUUUUUUAGAGUUUAAAGAUGUUCUCCCUCUUCUACGUGUUGUUACGUGCAUUUCAACUGCAAAUGAAUAUGAUGAAUGAGUGAUCACACACACACACACACACACACACCAUUCCACGUCAUCUGAACAGACAGAAUAUUUUGUAUCGUUUCAUUUUCCUGCCGUUCUACAGAGACAAGCUUGGUUUAACUGUUUGUUUGAAUGCUAGUGUGUGUGUGUGUUUGUUGUGUUACCACAGAGUGUGAUGUCACUCUGCCCUCUGUCUUCACUUGUUGUUAUUGUCACCGCGUCAGCAAAGUAAAAACGGUCAAUGGUCUGUAUUUAUAAUAGCGCUUUUCUAGUCUUGAUGACGACGACCACUCGAAGCUGCUUCACUCACCCAUUCAUACCCGUUAAGUGUCUUUGCCUAGACUAGCCGAGCUGGGAAUCGAACCCACAACCCUAGAUCAUCGCAUGUCAUCAGAGAUUGAGUUCACCAGUUAAAAGUUAACCUUACUCACUGACCUGUGAAAUGUGUCGCCUCCUACUGUUUUUAAAGUCACAAUCGAGCCUGAAAUAGACUGAAACGUCCCCUUUUUCCUUUGAAACAAUGUGAUAUUGGUUAAAUAUUUGGGGGCGUUGUCACAUUUUAAUUGUGUAUUGUGUCGUCUUUAAUGAUCCAUGUACUCUGCUGCUGCUGAUACAGUAUAUGCACUCUGUUUUGCUUCUGUUGUUGUUGUUUUUUUUGCCUUACUUUGUCAAUGAUCAUGAGUUCCAGGUCGUGCUUACACACUGUGAUGUCCGUUGUACAUAGAGCAUAAAUCAUGUGGUCGUUUGGCCUCCAGAUUCUCUGCAGUGGCUUCAACAGCAGGAACUGUGUCGUGGCGUCGCACCUUGUCAGAAGUUACUGCUUUCCAGGUGAUCUUGGCACGUCAGCGAGUGUGUGUGUGUGUGUGUGUGUGUGUGGUGAAUGCUACAGAGUUGUGUACAGGUCUAUUUGCUGUUGUGUCUCUGUACAAAUGACACUAUCAUUAUUCAAAGACUGAUUAAAGAGUGAUUAAAACGCCA